GUGGCAGUGGGGGGGCAAGAUGGCGCGUGGAGGGGCGCCUCACUACCCCCAUCGACAGAGCAAGGAAACCAGGGCAGGAACAUGGUUAAAGCUCCCUUUGCAGCGCAGUGCACAAAGGCAGGCACACAGAGCGCGGGCAGCUGCCCAGUUCCGUGCGAAGCACAGCCGCUUUCGCCGACACUCGGGCUCUGCGGGGUCGCUGUUCCAGCCCCUGAGGCGGCCCGGGGGCGGGGCGCGGGCGGCCCCAGCCCGGGUGGACGGGGCCCUUCCGUAAACACCACCCGGCCCGGCACAUCGGCACGGCCCAUUGCCAGCGUAGGGGAGUCCGCCGAAACACAUUCCCGUGUCGCCUCAUAUUUCUCCAUGCGUACUGCCCGGUCGCAAGCAGAAUGAAGAGAUGCGGGCAGUUUCUACAGGCAUAAGCGGAGGUUGGCCCAAGCGCCUCGGAUAACUCGCCGCUGGCAGGCAGGGAAAGAUGACGCACCUCCCCCCUUCCACCGUCAGAGAUGGAUGUGCCCGAGGAAGACACUAAUAGUCCGGGCUGGGUCUUUAAAUCUGAGGAGGGGCUAAGUGCGGCCCCGGUGAGCGCCGCGCAGGACGGCGAGGGGCAGCGGUUUUGUUUACUCUGUAAACAAGGGAAAGGGAAUCAGAAUGCCUCUCAGUGAUGAGCAGAACAGUGACUCAGAUUCCUCACGCCUCUCGGAAAGCACAGCUUCUUCCAGCGACUCGGAAUAUUCCAGGCAGAGCUUUAACAGUGAUUCUUCAAGCAAACCCAGCUCCCCAGCAUCAGCAAGCCCUCCCAAGGUUGUCACAUUUGAUGAACUGAUGGCAGCUACAAGAAAUCUGUCAAACUGGACUCUAGCUCAUGAAAUUGCUGUAAAUGCAAAUUUUUGCAUAAAACAUGAAGACUUCCCACAAAACAGCUUUGCAGGCACAGUGAAACAAAUUGUACACAAGGCUUUUUGGGAUCAUCUGGAAUCGGAACUGAAUGAAGAUCCUCCAGAAUACAAACAUGCUAUUAAGCUCUUUGAGGAAAUUAAGGAGAUUCUUCUUUCCUUCCUGACUCCUGGAGCAAACAGGAUUCACAAUCAAAUUUGUGAAGUUCUAGAUACGGAUCUUAUAAGACAGCAGGCUGAACACAAUGCUGUUGAUAUUCCUGGGCUAGCUAACUAUAUCAUCAACACUAUGGGAAAGUUAUGUGCUCCAAUAAGAGACAACGACAUAAAACAGUUAAAAGCAACUGACAAUAUUGUAGAGUUACUGAGACAAAUAUUCCGUGUUUUGGACCUGAUGAAAGUGGAUAUGGCAAAUUACACAAUUAAAAGUCUUAGACCAUACCUCUGGCAUAACUUGGUGGAUUACGAAAGAACAAAAUUCCAGGAAAUUCUUGAAGAAACACCAAGUGCCCUGAAUCUCACAACAGAAUGGAUAAAGGAAUCGAUAGAAGAUGAAUUGUCAUCUAUUUCUGAUGAGUCUUCAUCAUCCCCUGGUGCUGAUAGUAGUUCAAAACCAAUUAUUAGUCCUACACUGGUGCUAAACAAUGGCUACUUGAAACUGUUACAGUGGGAUUAUUGCAAAACAUUUCCAGAGACUCUAAUAACAGAUGAAGUUCGUCUUCAGGAGUUGAGAGAAAAGCUCAAUCAAUUAAAAGUCAUAGCUUGUGUUUCUCUCAUAACAAACAACAUGGUGGGUGCGGCAAUUGUAGACGUGCCUGAUUUUCCUGACCAGCUGAAAAGGAUCUCCCUUCCUCUUCUUGAAGGCAUGAACAAGAAUUUUGACUUGAAGGAGGCUCUGAAUGCUAUUGGCAUCCAGAUUUGCAGCACAGUGAACAAGUCUCUAAGUGAAAGAGGUCUUCCCACUCUUAGUGAAGAAAUGCAGAGUAAUUUAAUGGGUCAAAUCGCUCAUAUUGUUGAGAAGAAUAAUCCUGUCUGUUCCUUGAUUGACAAACGAAUCCAGCUCUUCAUGAGAAGCUUGCUGGCUCUUCCGAGUUUUCAGAAGUGUAUGCCUACUAUGCCAGGAGGCCUUUCUGUGAUUCAGACAGAGAUGGAGCUUUUGGGAUCUCAGUAUGCAAGCAUUGUAAACUUCAAUAAAAAAGUGUAUGGACCAUUCUAUGCAAAUAUACUUAGAAAACUGCUUUUUCCUGAGGCAGCAAUGGAGAAAACAGAAGCAGAAACAUCUAGCAACUAAAAAAUGUACCCUUUUUUAAAUCUUCCAAGACAGUGGGGAAGUCGCAUCGCUAAGAACAGCCUACUCCAGUGACUGUUGAUGGGAAAAGGUCUUGUAAAAUGUAUACAGAUAGUUUCUGAAAUUCACUGUAAAGAAAUUUAUGUCAAGGUCAUAUAUAUAUAUUUUAAUAGAAAAAUAUUUGUUUAAUGAAUUGUCACUUGUAAUGGCCAGUGAAUUUUAAUUUCCAUAGCAAGCAUUUAUUAUGACUCACAGUGGGAAAGAGCUGGCAAUGUACUUACUGUUUUGCCACCUUCAGAACAAUGUUAUUUUUCAACUCAAAUAUAUUUACAUACAGCACUGCAUAUUAGGAAAUGACAAAACAAACUGUAGAUAAAAUGUACUAUGCUUACAUUGUAUUUUUGUAGAGUGACAUCUCAGACAACAAUUAUGUUUCUGAAAAUACUUUGAAGAAGAAAGUAUAGCUUGAGUAACCAAACCCAGGUUCAUAUUAGGCCGAGUUCAGGUACUCCUGCAAUUACUGGACCCAGAACUUUGCCUGUGUUACAUUAAGGAGUGCCAGUGUUACAAGCUGUUUGCAGGAUAGCACUUACAGAAGCAGCAUUCACCACUUCAAGCAGGAAUCAUUCAGAACUUCUCAGCUCUAAUUAAGAUUAAUGAUAAACACCUAAGAAACAUGAUGUUGGGGGGUGGAGUAAAUUUCUGUAUAUAGUGUUUAUAAGCAUUUUGUUUAUUCAGUGGAGGUCAUACAGAUCUUUAAUACGUGUAUGUACUGAUCUUUGAUCCUAAUGGAUGGGUAUUAAGUAUUUUUCAGUUAGGUCUUUCUAACCUUUAUUCCCAAAAGCACUUAAGACUGACCUUACAGUGUACCACAGAAGAACUACUCCUUUCAUGCCCUUAUCUGACAGAAUGUAAGUUUUUCACAAGAUAUUCUUAGGCCUGAAACCAAGAACCCAAGUAAUUAGUAAUUUCUGAAAAUUUUAUUAGAUUCACUUUUUUACGGAGUGUGUGAGAAAUGCUCCCGUUUUCCUAAAAUUUCUUUGGAAUGGGCCCCAAUACUUAGUUCCCAUUUAAGGCAUUGGGAAUCUUGCAUACAGGAAGUGAAUAGGAUUGAAAUUGAGAAACGUAGAAGUGAACUUCUUAAGUUUACACAGGCUUUAUUUUGCAUAUUUCAGAUUACUGGGAUUAGAUAGUACUGGCAUACAUAUUACAGACAUGUUCGUGUCUAUGAAAUUUAAUAAUUUACUUGAAAAUUAUAUUUUAAUAUAUUACCAUAUAAUAACUCCUUUUGAGAUCUCAUGUAUAGAAAACCUCAGUGUGGUACAAGUUAGAGCUUGUUUUUAAUAUUUUAUAUUACAAUCUAUUUUUUAUGAAGAGACAAAACCUGUAAAAGCAUAGUGUGUCACAGAAAUUGUCGAUGUACAUUACUGUGUCUAUCAUAAAGGUCUAAAAAACCUGGGCAUUUAUUAGCACUGUGGUUUUGUAGUCCAUUUCUACAGGAAUGUGUACUCUUUCUAGCAAAGGAAAUUACUUCUAUUCAGUUGUUCUUCCGUGGCCAGGGGCUUUGGUCACAUGUACAUGUUACUCUGGUACAUGUACAUGUUACUCUGGUACAUGUACAUGUUACUCUGGUACAUGUACAUGUUACUUUCUUCAAAAUGCCUUGUUAGAGAAAUUUCUCUAGUGUACUUCUGUUCUAUCCCUUGUGAAAACAUUGCACAAAAUAAAGAUGAACGCAUAUUUUAAAGGGAACUGUUUCCUGGAAAACCUGAGAGAAAGGAACUCUUAGACUAUAACUGUGCCACUAGGUAAGCCAGGCUUGCUAGGUGAAUACAACAUUUUGGUAGGCAAUUCAAAAUCAUUAAAAGAAUGCAUUUCAAAAGCAGAGAGGGGGAAUGAAUAUUAGAUAUUUGUUACAACCUUAGAAAUACCUACGUGAUUUUGAGCUUCAGCCAAAAGCAGAUUUUAUGAACAUGUGAACAUGUGAUUGCUCACAUGAUUAUGAACUUUUUAUUUUAAUAUUUUAUAUGCAUUUGAUUGUAUAAACAAAUAUCAAACUAUAGCUCUUUAAUGAACUGGGGAAACUGUCAUACUAGUUUUUACCAGUAAGUACUCAAAAGAUAGCAUUUAUGGGGGGGGGUUGGUAAUUAGGGUGACUUGUAAAGGGCAUUUAUAGCAUGGCCUGUGUUUCAAGUGAUUGUUUAAUGUGUUCUAAUGUUUCAAACAUGGACAUUGCAUCUGUUUAAAUAUAUGUCGCAUGCUGUUUAUGCUACUGAGGCUGAAAUGCACUUGCUUCUACUCUAAAAUUGUCCUUGUGAAACAAGAUGCCAUUCUGUAGGAGCUUUGUUAAAAACAAAUAUUUGAGGGUUUGUAUGCAAUAAAUUUUGUUUGUGAUACCAUCA